ACACUUAAAAUCAGAAUUGUCUUGUGGUGCGGUGCAGGAGGUGAAGUUACUGCCAAGAAUUCUCUGAAUUCUACAUAUCUUAUUUCAAUAAGUGUAUUAAUAUAAGCUACAGAAAUGGCUCCCCCAUACUAUGCUGAUCUGGGAAAGAAGUCCAGUGAUGUCUUCUCAAAGGGAUACCAUUUCGGAUUUUUCAAACUUGACCUGAAGACCAAGAGUGAGUCUGGGGUUGAGUUCAGCAGUGGCAUCAUCUCCAACCAAGAGAGUGGAAAGGUUUUCGGAAGCCUUUCAUCCAAAUAUGCUGUGAAAGACUAUGGUCUGACAUUCACAGAGAAGUGGAACACUGAUAACACUCUUGCCACCGACAUCACAAUCCAGGAUAAGAUUGCUGCUGGACUCAAGGUCACACUUGAGGGCACCUUUGCACCACAGACUGGAAGCAAGACGGGUAAACUCAAGUCCUCAUUCGCAAAUGAUACUGUAGCAGUCAACACCAAUUUGGACCUUGACCUAGCAGGACCCAUUGUUGAUGUAGCAGCUGUAUUAAAGUACCAGGGCUGGCUCGCUGGUGCACACACACAGUUUGACACACAGAAGGCAAAGUUCUCCAAGAACAACUUUGCUUUUGGCUACCAGACCAACGACUUUGCACUACACACCAAUGUUGACAAUGGCAAGGAGUUUGGUGGAUCCAUCUACCAGAAGGUGUCAGACAAGCUGGAGUGUGGUGUGAACAUGAAGUGGACAUCCGGUUCCUCGGACACACUGUUCGGAGUGGGAGCCAAGUUUGCGCUGGACUCUGACGCUUCCCUCCAUGCCAAGCUCAACAACAAGUCUCUUGUCGGUCUAGGAUACCAACAGAAGCUACGUCCAGGAGUUACCUUGACGCUGUCCGCUGCCAUCGAUGGGCAGAACUUCAAUGCUGGAGGCCACAAAGUGGGCGUAGCCCUAGAACUCGAACCCUAGGCAUUUACUAAAGCCAGCGGCUUAUAGAUAUGUAGAUUAUACAUAAAACAUAAUACCACAUUAAAUGUUAUAUUGUGAAAGCGUAUGUAUCACAUAAAACCAUACUUUCCAAGUGUCUCUUACUAUACAGUAUUUUAUCCGUCUAACGCAUUCUUAUUCGUUCUAAAAGUCUUUUUUGGGUGCAAACGCUCAUGCAUAGCGCCACUACAGGGUUACUUUGAGAAUACUUUCGAAUUUAAUUCAAUUCUUAUGCUUGGGGAGUCGAAAGAUUCCGAAACAUCAAUAAAGUUCAGAAACAUUUGUAGAGUUGAUUUUUUUACUGAUCUGUAUUCUAUAAAUAAGUUCUUUCAAAUAUACCAGUAGCGCUUCGACGUGUAGCGUAUCUUUAUAUAACGCCAAAGCGAUCUGCCCAAUCACCAUUUUGUUGCGAAUUAAUUUUAUUUGAAUAACCUAUUUACUAUCUGUAUCAUCUUGUAAAUAAAUACACCUACGGUGUGUAUACUAUUGAUUGAUUGUGAAUUAAAUGAAUAGUCUGUUGGAAUCAGUAUAAUAUU